CACUCAGCCAGGGUAGUUGAGCAGAACGGACCGCGGCAAACCCCCUCUUGACAAUAUGGGACUCACACACGACCCCACCUUCCAGAAGCUUCAAGAAUGGUACAAAGCCCAUGCCUUGGGUCUCAAUAUGAGACACAUGUUUGAUGCUGACAAGGAGAGAUUCAGCAAACUCAGCACAACACUGAAGACGGAAGAAGGAGACAUCCUUCUGGAUUACUCCAAGAAUCUCAUCACCGAUGAAGUCGUGAAGAUGUUGGUCGAGCUGGCCAAGUCAAGAGGAGUGGAGGCUGCCAGGGAGAAGAUGUUCUCUGGAGAGAAGAUCAACUUCACUGAGGGCCGUGCCGUGCUACAUGUAGCUCUGAGGAACCGUUCCAACACCCCCAUCAUGGUCGGUGGUAAGGAUGUGAUGCCAGAUGUCAACAAGGUGCUGGAGAAGAUGAAGGGCUUCUGUCAUAGAGUUCGUAGUGGGGAGUGGAAGGGCUACACUGGAAAAGCCAUCACCGAUGUUGUCAAUGUUGGCAUUGGAGGAUCUGACCUUGGUCCACUGAUGGUGACUGAAGCCCUGAAACCCUACUCAAAGGGAGGGCCCCAUGUUUGGUUCGUGUCCAACAUUGAUGGUACACACAUUGCCAAAACCCUGGCACAUCUCAAUGCUGAGACCACCCUCUUCAUCGUUGCAUCAAAGACAUUCACAACACAAGAGACCAUUACCAAUGCUGAGUCCGCCAAGGCAUGGUUCCUUGAGCAUGCUAAAGAUAAAUCUGCUGUUGCCAAGCACUUUGUGGCACUCUCCACAAACGGGCCCAAAGUUAAGGACUUCGGCAUUGACACAGAGAACAUGUUCGAGUUCUGGGAUUGGGUUGGUGGUCGUUUCUCCCUGUGGUCUGCAAUUGGAAUGGCCAUUGCCCUGCACAUUGGUUUUGACAACUAUGAGAAGCUUCUUUCAGGUGCUCACUGGAUGGACAACCACUUCCGCACUGCUCCUCUGGACAAGAACGCCCCCGUCCUGCUGGCAUUGUUGGGAAUCUGGUACAUCAACUUCUUCCAUGCUGAGACGCACGCCAUGCUGCCUUAUGACCAGUACAUGCACCGUUUCACUGCCUAUUUCCAACAGGGCGACAUGGAGUCAAAUGGGAAGUAUAUCACAAACCAUGGGACUCGUGUGAACUAUCACACUGGACCCAUCGUCUGGGGUGAACCAGGAACCAAUGGACAGCACGCCUUCUACCAGCUCAUCCACCAAGGAACUCGCAUGGUCCCUGCUGACUUCCUCAUCCCAGCUCAGUCCCAGCACCCCAUCAGAGACAGCCUGCAUCACAAGAUCCUGGUGGCCAACUUCCUGGCUCAGACUGAGGCUCUCAUGACUGGGAAGACCACAGAGGAGGCCAAGAAGGAACUGGAGGCCAGUGGCCUGAGCGGAGAAGCUCUGGAGAAGAUUCUGCCACACAAAGUAUUCCAAGGAAACAGGCCCACCAACUCCAUCAUCUUCAAGAAACUGACUCCUUACACACUUGGAGUACUUAUUGCAAUGUACGAGCAAAAGAUCUUCGUCCAGGGUGUCAUGUGGGAGAUCAACAGCUUUGACCAGUGGGGAGUGGAGCUGGGCAAACAGCUGGCCAAGAAAAUUGAGCCUGAGCUCAAGGACAAGACAGAGGUCCACUCACAUGACUCCUCCACCAAUGGACUCAUCAACUUCCUCAAGAAGAACUUCGCCUAAGUCCCCGGCCCCCACGACCUGUGAUGUCCGCCCCCGGCGCUACGUCCACCGACUCCAGAUCGGCUUGUGGGGCUGAGACUUGGACAGGCAGCUGGUCACUCCCACACAGCCAAGCAGAAGCACUUUCUGUUUUCAUACUGGCUUUACGAAUUUUAUGUCUGUCGUCUAUGUCAGUCUACUGUGCCAUCAUCUUUUUUAUGUUUGUUAGUUUAACACUGUGAAGAUGUGAGCUACUGUAUCAGAGCAACAUGGAAAACAGGUCAACCCCCCCCCCCCCACACACACACACACCGUUAAAGGAAUUCAGCUUUUGGAAUAAACAUCUUCACUGUCA